UUUUUUUCAACGUAUGGUGCGUGGCUGUUUAACCAACAGUUAUCCGACCGGGAGCCCUGACUUAAUAAAUAAUUAAAGUGGACGGAGGGGAGCUGCAGCUGAUUUGCUGAUGUCAGGCAGCCAGUGCAGCAUUUCAUGGUGCAGGGUGGAAACGGCGCUUGCCAUCUGACUCGAUCGGUGCUCUCGGCAACCCUCACACAUGCGAGCCCGGCAAGAAAGAUGCUGCCAACUCUCAAGAUCUGGGCAUUGUUUUCUGUGUCGCUGUGCUGCUUGUGUCCACCGGCUCAUCUGAAAAAGCCUUUCCGAUGUCCUUCAGCAUGCAGCUGCUCCAAGGAGUCUAUCAUCUGCGUCGGGUACUCCUACAUCCCCAGGAUUACCCCCAACGACAUCAAUUCCUUGAGUAUCGUCAAUGGGACUUUCACUGAGGUCAAAGAGGCGAUGUUUGCUCACAUGCCAUCUCUCCAGCUCCUGCUUUUAAAUUCCAACUCUCUCACAACUAUAAGGGACGAUGCAUUCUCAGGCCUUUCACAUCUGGAGUACCUGUUCAUUGAGAGUAAUAAGAUAGAGAUUGCAUCGAAAUAUGCCUUCAGAGGACUCAGGGAUUUGACUCACUUGUCUUUGGCAAACAACAACAUUAAAGCCUUGCCCAGGGACCUCUUCAUUGACCUGGACUCACUGAUAGAGCUGGACCUGCGAGGGAACGCCUUUGAGUGCGACUGCAGAGCCAAGUGGCUCAUGACGUGGUUGAAGAACACUAAUGCCACAGUGUCGGAUGUCGUAUGUGCUGGACCGGAGGACAUGAAGGACAAGCGCCUCAAUGAUAUGACCAGCCUGCACAAUGAGUGCAUCUCAACGGAUUUCGUCCUCCACCAGUCUGUUGCUUCCGAGUCUUUGUCUGUUGACACAUUCAGCUAUAAGAAUGAUGUCUAUGUGACUAUUGCUGCUCCCAGCGCAGAGAGCUGUAUGGUUUUCCAGUGGGAUCACAUAGAAAUGAACUUCAGGACUUAUGACAAUAUCACAGGUCAGUCCAUUGUGGGGUGCAAGUCAGUGGUCAUCGAGAACGAGGUGUUUGUCAUUGUGGCGCAACUCUUUGGCGGCUCCCACAUUUACAAGUUUGACGAGGACCAGAGCAGGUUCAGUAAGUUCCAGGCCAUUGAGGUGUCCAAGAUCUCCAAGCCCAAUGACAUCGAGGCGUUCCAAAUCGGCCCCGACUGGUUCUUUGUGAUUGCCGACAGUUCCAAAGCGGGCCUGUCCACCCUCUACAAGUGGAACGAUAGCGGCUUUUAUUCAUACCAAUCACUGCAUGAGUGGUACCGCGACACAGAUGCAGAGUUCUUGGACUUGGACGGGAAGGCCCACCUCAUUUUGGCAAGCCGCUCACAGGUACCUGUGAUUUACCAGUGGAGCCGGAGCAACCAGAAGUUUGUCCUGCAGGGCGAGAUCCCCAACAUGGAGGAUGUAGUAGCUGUGAAACACUUCCGCAUCAAGGAGGAACUCUACCUGGCGAUGACGCGCUAUAUCGGCGACUCCAAAGUUCUGCGCUGGGGCGCCAAACAGUUUGCAGAGAUCCAGGCUUUGCCCUCGCGGGGCUCCAUGAUCCUCCAGCCGUUCUCCUUCAAAGAGCGUUACUACCUGGCUCUGGGGAGCGAUUACACCUUCUCACAAAUCUACCUGUGGGAUGACGACAAGAAACUCUUCGACCGCUUCAAGGAGGUGUACAUCCAAGCACCGCGCUCCUUCACUGUGGUUUCCACCGACCGCAGGGACUUCAUUUUUUCUUCUAGCUUCAAGGGAAACACGCAGAUCUUUGAGCACAUCAUCAUUGAUCUGAGCUUGUGAGGGGUUGCGCCUUAUUGUCCCUCCUGCAAUCAAACGUCUUCCACUGAAACGAAAGGACCAGACUUUACGAACUGUUCAAUAUUAACUCCUACAUAGUUUUCUCUCAUAAAUUAGCAUCGGGUCAAGUAGUGUCUUGACUGUUUCUCAAUGGCCUUGUCCUAUUACCUGUCCUCAUGGGUUCUCAGACUUUCGCAGGUAUUACAGUUUCACAAAGACUGCUAGUAUUCUGGUAAAACUCCAGCUGACAUUCCUGAAGGUGGAAAAUUAGAAUCGUAAUUUGAUCAAUUUGGAUUUUCUGUUUAAUAUCCCCAUGCGAAUAUGUUUUAUACGGCCCAAAAUAAUCCGCCAGGACCCGAGAGGAAGGAACUAGUUUAGUUUUACUCUCAUUUGAGGAUAUAGCAGGUGCGUUUGCCACUUACCUGGUGUCCUCAUACCCUGUGGUAAUGUACAGUAUGUUGCCUUAUCAGCGCUGGGGUUUUGUGUUGGGAUGGGCCUACAGUGCCUCCUUCUGGCAGUGAUGGAGCAUCACACCCCCUCUCUUUUUCCAUACAGGGAAUGUCUUGAAAGCACAAACCUUUAAUUAUAAUAGCUGAGAUCUUAGAGUGUAGUUGUUGAGUGGAACAUGUUACCUUAGGUGCUAUAGAUUAUACUGCGUAUGGUUAAAAAAAAGAAAAAGAAAAAGAAAAGAUUAACUGGUUUGUUGUUUUGGGAGGUGAAAUAUUCUGGACUGGAUAUAGCUGAUGCCACCUUAGACAAACACACACGAAUAGAAAAUCCCCAUUUAGAUACAACUUUUAGAUCAGAGGUACUACAAGUGGCAAAGUAGUUAGAAGCUCUCUUUAUCGAUUUAAUGCAAAGGACCUGUGUUGAAGCGAUGUCAGGGAAUUAACCUUACUUACAAAUAUAACCACAGUUGUUGGGCUAGUGACAUAAUUUAACGUUUUUCUUUACUAAAAAGGCUCAUCUCAACUGAAGUUAGUGGCCUCAAAUGAAUAUAUCUGCUAAGAGGGCAUAAUCUGUUCCUCCGAAAGCGAAGGAAACGUAAUGUAUGUGUAAAUAUAUCUGCUCAAGUUGAGUCUGUCAUUCUGUUCUUUGAAAAUACUGAAUGUUGACAAGCUACAAAAUGUACAUAAAACGAGGACUGCGAUGCCACUACCUGUUCUGAACGGAUCUUUGCACUUAAAAUCAAAUGUUACUGCAGCUUGCAAAAGCAUGACAUUCAACAUAAAUAAAAAAGGGUGUUUGCCAAAUUCUUUUUAAGAAAAACCUAACGAACUCUGAAGUCUAAAAGUGCUUCUAUUCUUUAAGUGAAUGGCGUUGCAAAAACAAGAAGAAGAAAAAAAACCACAUAAUGGAAUAUGCAAGCUUUACAGUUUUUUUGUAUGAUUUUGUUUUAAGCAUAUUGAAUGUUACUCUUAAAAUUAUACUGUAAGUUUAAUCAGUUGAGUAUCAAAAUAAAUGUGUAAAAAUAUGA